AUGUCUCAACAGUCUUACCGCAGGAGCUCCGGCUACAAAAAUUUUAGCUCGACUUCCGCGUGCUUGCCAAAAAAUGUGACAAGAUACAGCGUAAGCUCUGUUUCAUCAAGAAGAGGAGCUGGUUCUAGUGCCCGAUUGCACCCAAGCUUCAGCAGCCGAAGUGCCUCUAACAUUGGUUCAGGAAGCAUCUGUAAAAUCUCAGUUGGAGGUUAUCAACCUGGGAGGUGUGGAUACGGAUUUGGUAUGUCAAGUAUUGGAGCGGGUAUGGGGUCUGGUAUAGGAUACGGAAUUGGUGGACCUUCUUAUGGCAUUGGUGGAGGAUUUGUAAGUGGAUGCAUAACACCUGUCACCGUCAACCAGAGUCUCUUAACACCCCUCAACUUGGAGGUUGACCCAAAUAUCCAGAGAGUUCGGAAAGAGGAGAAGGAACAAAUCAAGACUCUAAAUAAUAAAUUUGCUUCUUUCAUUGACAAGGUACGAUUCUUGGAGCAACAGAACAAGAUGCUUGAGACAAAGUGGGCUUUUCUGCAGGACCAAAAAACUGUCAAAAGUCACAUUGAGCCAAUGUUUGAGGCUUAUAUUAGCAGCUUGAAGAGAGAGCUAGAGAACUUGGGAUGUGAGAAGGCUCGCCUGGAAGGGGAACGUAAAACUGUGGAAGAUUUAGUAGAAGAAUUCAAGCGAAAGUAUGAAGAGGAACUUAACAAGCGUACAUGUGCCGAAAAUGAAUUUGUAGUACUCAAAAAGGAUGUUGAUGCUGCGUUUCUCAAUAAAACUGAAUUGCAAGCGAAGGUGGACUCUUUGGUCGACGAGAUCAGAUUCCUUAAUUCUGUGUAUGAGGCGGAAAUAUGCCAGCUUCAAGCACAGAUCACAGACACCUCUGUAAUUGUGUCCAUGGAUAACAACCGGGAAUUAGAUAUGGAUGGAAUCAUUGCUGAGGUUAAAGCCCAAUAUGAGGAGAUAGCUAACAGGAGCAGAGCUGAAGCAGAGUGUUGGUACCAAUCAAAAUAUGAGGAGCUUAAAGUUACUGCAUGUAGACACGGAGAUGAUCUACGGAACACCAAGAAUGAGAUUGCUGACAUGAACCGUGCUAUUAACAGACUUAAGGGGGAGAUCGAUAAUGCAAAAGCACAGCGUGCCAGACUUGAAGCUGCUGUUACAGAAGCUGAAGAACGCGGAGAAGCCACUGUCAGGGAUGCCAAGAAGAAACUGUCUGACCUGGAGGAUGCCCUGCAGAAGGCCAAGCAGGACAUGGCUCGCCAACUGAAAGAAUACCAGGAUCUGAUGAACGUGAAACUGGCCUUAGACGUUGAGAUUGCCACCUACAGAAAACUGCUGGAAGGAGAGGAGUGCAGGCUUGCUGGAGAAGGAGCUGGAUCUGUUAAGAUAUCUGUAGUAAGUUCCACUGUUGGAGGAGCAUGCAAUAGCGGAGGAUCUAUGGGAGCUGGAGGAAACUUCUACAGCGAUGGUGGGAUGAGCAGUGGCAGUGGAGCAGCAAGUGGACACAGAUUCAGCAGCGGAAGCGGCUAUGGCUCUAGUGGAGGCUAUGUUUCCAAAGGAGGUUAUAGUUCUGGCCCUGCAUACACCUCCGGUAGCAGCUACAGUAUUACUUCAUCUUCAAAAACAUCAAGUUCAAAAAAGAUGUAG